AUUUCAAAGUGUCGGCGCUAACGUUACUUUUGCGGUCAUUUCAACAUCAGCUUUACUAAACAAAAUACCUCACUAACCUCCGCAGUCAAACAAUGUUAACUAUGUUACGCAUUAGCACCGAGUUACAUCGAAUUAUUGAUUAGCAUUACGCUAGGUAGGAAGUAGCCAAAGAUGCUGUUUCCAUGGUGAUAGAACUUUAUCAUCAAUGACAAUUAAGUGGCUAAUGCUAGCUGUUGAUGUUAGCUUCGAGGAGGUAUAGCUUGAACUUAACUAAUAGGUUAGGUUCCGGAUGUGAACAGAUAUGUCAUCGGACGUUCAGCCCUCCGGUCCUCACAGUAUUCAGCCUUCCAGCAAUACAAUUUUGCAAUUUGAAUCUCCACCGAACCAUAGAAAACUAACACGAGCAGGAACUACGGAGACCCAUGAUGGCGCCUCUCCAAGGCUGAGAUUUAACAGCAUGACUCUAGAUGAAUUAAGCAAGGAGCUUGACAGGCGCACCAAGGAAACACAGAGGCUUCAAGAAGAGGUGGAAAAUGAAACCAAAAUAACCGUGGAGAGGUUUGGCUGCACAUACGGCAUCCACAGCUCACCUGGACAAAGCUGUCUCAACCACAGUAACUAUUAUGAUUCACCUGGGGAUUCCACUAUUCCUUCAGCCCACCAGCAGCUAGAGCCCCUGGUCUGUGAUCUGGAUCAUUUAAACCAAGGGGAAAUCAGCUCUCCUGGAAACGAGGUGUUGGGAACUGCAAUAGAUGACUGUAUUCAACAGCUGUCUGACUUGCAGCUCAACAAGACGUGCGAUCAACCUGAAAGAGAGACAUUCAGUUUUAACCAAGCCAUCGUGAACCUGCAGGCUAAGUUGCACAAAGUCCGCGAGGAGAAGGCCGUCCUGUCCAACCUCAGAUUGAAGGAUUCAAGGACACAUGUUGGUCAGAUGGAAAAGAUGCUGUUCAUGUUGGAGGAGCUCCAAAACAUCAAAAGGGCCGAGGACCAGAAGCUGCAGGAGACGCAGGACGAGGCGUUGGCAUUUCACAGGAAAGUAGAGACAUUGGAACGAAAUGUAAAAGAGAUGUACUCGCUGUUAUCUCAAGAGACACAAUGUGGAGACAACGCCAUCACCAGGCCAAACGACGCCACUACUUCAAGACAGCUGUCACCUGCUGCUAAGUUAACUGAGGAUUUUAACGACGAGUCAGAGAAGCUGCAGGAGAGACUUUUUACACCGUCAACACAACAUCUGGGGAGUGAGGAAAGCGGUGGAGUAAAUAAGCAAAACGAAAGAAUGGAAGACCUGAUGGAAAGUCUGGGCCAGGAGAUGGCGCUGUUGACUGACAAACUGAGCUCAUCGAAAAACAACAGCUUCAGCUUAAGUGUCAAGUUGGAGCUGCUGAAGAAACUUGCAGAGAGACAGACAUUACUGCACCGGUGUCAGGUCAGUGAGCUGGAGUCGACUCUCUGCAGCCAUACAGAUACGGUUUGUUGUCUGGAGCAGCAGCUCACACGGUCUCAGUCCCAGCUGGUGGACGCCCAAAGAGGGAAAGAGCGAUCUCUUCAACAGGCAGAGGAGCUUCAGUCCCAGCUCGGCCACUUCAAGGCCCUGCUGGAGCAGAGGGCCCGGGAGGGGGAGAAAUACCGGGAACUCCUGGAGGAGAAGAAGAAGGAACUCCAGCUCCGGCAGCAUGAAGCCCAGCACCAUCUCGCCAGGCUGGAAGAGGCCCAAAGCCGAUGCCAGACCCUGCGUGCAGAAGGAGAGACACUGAGGCUUAAGCUGGAUGACCGAGAGAACACGAUAGAGAGCAGCAUACAGAUGCACAACAGCACCAUCGACGACCUUCACCGGGAGAACAGCCUUCUCAGCAACCAGCUAAACCAGCACAAGCUGGAGAUUCAGCAGCUCAGGGCUGAGUUAGACUGGCACAAGUCAGACCUGGCUGCUGCAGAGCAGGAUAUACUGCAGCUACAGGCCUCUGUGGCUGAACAAAGUGUGCGUGUCCAGGAGGAAACUCUGGAGAAACGGCAGCUCACCAUCCAGCUGGACAUCCAGCGCUUGCAGUUACUCACCCUCACUAAGGAGCACGAGGAGCUGCAGCGGCUCCACAGCUGCACGAACGAGGAGCGCAAGGGUGCGGUGCUGAAGCUUCAGAGUCAACUCAGGAACGCCCACGACGAGCUGGACCAGGUCAGGUGCACCCUGAGGACCCUGGAAGGAGCUGACGGACACGGCCUCCAGGUAGCCUUGGACAUGCAGAAGGAGAUCACGGCCAGGAGGGAGCAGGUCGACUCCCUGCAGGGCAAAAUCCAACAUCUAGAGGAGAUUAAGGACAAGCUGUACCAGGAGAAGCGCUACCAGAGCCUGGAGAACCAGCGUCGGCUGCAGCAGCUCACCUUCGUCAGGGAGGAGAAGAGACAACUUGGCGAUGAGCUGGAGGCCCUUCGCUCCAAAGAUAAACAGUUGAGGGAGCGGAUCGACCAGCUGGAGGCAAUCCUUCACAAGAUGUCGGAGAGCUUUGCAGACUGUCAGGAUUUCAUCCAGCUGAAGGAGCAGGACUUUUUCCGUCUGAAACUCCGACAUGCGCUGGACUUGAAGGAGCUCCAAGGUCACAAUUUGCGCACAGCUCUGAAUGUAGCUCCAUCUGACCUGGACUCCCCGUCCCCAUCUGCACUCACCGCCCCACCCUCCUCCCAGCACGUCUCCAACACCCAGAUCACGCAGGAGUGCCACGCCCGGGAGCUCAGGUCUCUCGUCGAGGAGCUGCGAGGAGUGAUUUCGGAGAAGCACAGACCACACAUAGAUAUCAGGAGGAGGUCUGCACCGGAGAGAGUGCACGGAACCACAUUAAGUACUGACAAAGCAGAAGAAGUAAAAGCUGGUUCCAGAUUGAGAAGAAAAACCUGCGGCAGGACGCGUUCUCUCAAGUCCAGCGACGGCAGUGAGGUUCACUUCCUCCCCACAGCUGCUCUCACUGGGUCGCAUGUCACCCGUCUACUCUCUUCUGACCUCUGACCCAAACACCUGAUAGUGACACUAAACACUUAACUCCCGAGGCCAACCCUUCUUAUCAGUAAGUUGUUAGUAUUGUGUAUCACAUACACACACACAGAGACAGAGUCAUUGGUCGGUGUUUCUUCAAGAUAUCAUUUAUAUAUCAAACUGUAUAUUAAAAGAGGGAAAGCUGAAUAACAUUCACACCAAAGUGCAGUACUUUAAUACAGUUGAUCAAUAUCAAAUGAUAAAACAGACAUUUUCUCAUAUUAAUGAUUUCAUCAACUGUAGCUCAGCAUAAGAUGUCACAGUGCACACGCUUGGUGUGUCAGGAUGUAAUGAGGCAACAAAAUCCAUUUCAGCAAUAGUAGUAAAGUUACUAUUGUCCUUCAGCAGCUCACAGGCUUCACAGACUUUUCACCAAAUUGUGUAAAUGUAUUUGAUUGAUCAUCAUUGAUUCCUUUAUAACCCAUUUUUUGUCUUUCAGAAAGCUCCUUUUCUAUUUUGAAGGCUCCCCAGAUGAAGUUGUCAAAGAAUGAAAUCCCCAAUCAUGUGUCGCUUUGUAAUUCAUUGUUUAAAUAAAGUUUUUUAUUUUUAUUAAUGUGUUUGAGUUGUUAUUUCACACCAGUAAUCAUACCAAAUUAAAAAAAAAUCUGUUUCAUGUAUUUUAAUAUUUGGCGGUACACACAAAACAGUAUAACAAGCGUGAUACAAAUAUGUAAGAAUAGUUAACAAUACUGCAGCAUCUAUAUUAAGCACCCAUUAAGCCUCUGCUUACACACACAACUUAAGAGUCCUUAAUGUUUCCUUGUAUACCGAAACAAGCAUAUUUAGGACACUUCUCCUUUUGCUUCUUUUUUACUGUGUGGUUUUAAAGAGCAUUUCCUAUAUACAAAUGCUGUGAAACCCCUACGGGUCUGUUGAAAUCCCUCUUCUAAAUGUAUAGCCUUGCCUGUUAGCCCUGGCAGUCGGAGUACAUUGUGCAUUACAUACCUCCUCAUAGCUACGGUUUCAUACAUCUGUUUCAGCUCCUCGUUCAAUCAACAAACCAACUGUUUCACAUAGUCCUCAUCUUAUCAUGUGACUGGUUCCAGCAGAAGACCUGUUGCGUGGGUCUUUACUGUAUGUGUUCUCGGAUUUUUAUAAUCAGAAGCCAUCAAAAAUGGUUUUCUACUCUUUGUGAUUUUUGUGUACUUUCCUCUUUUUGUAAGACUUUUGAAACUGUCCUGUCUGUUUGUGGCUGUGACAGGAGUUCAUUCUUGACCUGAGAAAUUUUUUGCGUCUUCCACUUCGAUGGGGAAAGUUGGGGAUGGUGUCUUGAAGGCCCAGUAUUGCAGAUUCGCUAACAUUGGUCUCUUUGUCCUGCAAGGGUCAAACAUAAUUCCAUUGUAUUAUCAUUUUAGAUUAUAUUAAUACUACACAUCAGUUUACUUGCAUUUUAUCAGCUGAAUUUCUGUGUUUUGCUCUUUUCACUUCUUACUUGGCUCUGUGUAGUUUUUGUCAUUUUCCUCCUCCACGUGGCCUCCUGUAGGCGUAGGAAGUGCAGAGGCGAUGUUUACGCUCAUGUCUGGGUCCAAAACAGAUACCACCUCAUCAAAUAACUGUAGAGAAGCAAAGACACCAUUUAAAUAUGAUUUAACACAGGAUAAACUCUUAACAUUUACUACUGGCCUCGUUGUUCUGACACACAGCAGCUUGUUAGUCCAGACUGCUGUCAUCUCCACUUACAUCUGGGGUCAUGUGAUCCUCAUAGUGCGGGAACAUAGCCAGAGGAUGCUGUUUGAGUUUCUUCUCCACAGCGGCCACGUAUUCUCUACGAAUCUGCUUUUGGAUCAUCUGCUUUGAAAAGCAAGCAUGUUCUUUAGAAAUGCAUUUCCUAGGCUUUUGACCGGAGUUAGCGGAGUUGCGGUUUGGAGCGUCAUGGAAGAUAACCGGUGUGACACCUCCCUUGUCUCCGGAUAAGACUGACGAACAAUCACUGAAGUCAUCGAGGCUCACUGUUACAAAACGGCAACAAGUGCCGACCGAGGAAAUCUUGUUUGCUGGGCCUUUAAGAUACUUGGUCUGCAACCUCUCCUUGAACCUGAGGAUUAACAAGAACUUUACUAAUGUUAU